UCGUUGUGUUUUGACCCUCACCAUAUAAAGACAUGGAGAAAAGUAGCAUGUCAGAAUGUGGGGGAAUCUGGGGCUUCGUUGUGUCUUCCUGAGGGCCGGCUGAGAUGGGACAUCUUACUGUGUAUAAAUAAGUAUCAUCAUCAUCAUCAUGUACAGUUUGGGAUUUAUAGCCUGGGAGCUCAAAGUUUUUUCUCACAUUGCAGAAUGAAUUAGGGCACUGUGUGUGAGAGAGAGAGAGAGUGAGUGAGAGAGCGAGAGAGAGAGAAAGAAACAUUGUAACUCAAAGCAACUCAGGGUGCAGCAGCGUUUUCCUCCACGGAUUGAAGUGGGGGAAAUCCUCUUCUUCGUCGUCGCCUGCAUGCAAAUGGAGCCGACCGGGACAGAAUAAGGCUGGGUUAACACACUCAUCUGUAAGCAACACUUGACUUGGCGAGGAGGGGAGCUUUUCCUCGAGCCCGAGGUGCAAGGCAACAUCACUGACAAUUUUCCAGAGCCUCCACAAAGGCUCAUACAGGUGACAAGUGUGUCCAACUUCACUGCAUCGCCUGUAUUGACGCACUCAGAGUGCGUUUUAUCCAGCGGCAGUGCGCUGCAUGAGACCCGCCGCUCUUGUUUUGACGUGACAUUUCGCGUGCGCUGCCGUGCAUAUGUGGCCACAUAUGACGCAUUUGCGCCUUUAGCUGUUUUUCAAAAGCCGGUUUUGGACGCUGGAGUGUUGCGUUUUCGGACAAGUUUCCGUGCUGAUUGGUAUGUUCGUCAUGUCCGCCUGGGUUAACUUGCGCGUUUCUCUGUAGAGUCACACAGAGCCGGGCUCGGUGCAGAAGUUGGUUGGGAAUAAUAAUAACAACAGUGCGGAGCGCAGAGGGAAAAAAGAGGUGACAGCGGCGUUCAGGGGAUGUUGAGCGGCUGAAUUUACUACCAGCAUCAUCAGCAUCUCCGUGUGAGGAUCAAAACUGCGAGGGACUCUUGCUUCUCACUCCUCUUCCUCUGCAUACUUCCAGCUUUUGCAGAAGCCAGCCACUGAAUUUCAGCUUCUGAAACCACAGCUGCGUAAACUUGGCCAGAUCUGGUGACAGUGUCUGUGUGUGUGUGUGUGUGUGUGUGUGUGUGUAGCCUGGAUGGAUAUGCGGCUCACUGAGGGAAUUUGAAAAGCAAGGGGGAUUACUAUCAGUCCCUCUCCUAUUAUAACCUCAAAAUGGAUGCCGACGACAGGCUGUGGAGACGCCACUGGAUUAGCCACUCUUCUGCUGAUCUGCUUGACAUCUGAGCGGCACAAGCGUUCAAAGUUUGGAUAAUCUAAAAGGCUGAAGGUGUAGGAUGCAGUCUGGAGUGAAGACGCUCUCCGCAGGUGGAGGUGCGUCACUGUGCUGCCUGCUGCUCCUGUGGCUCAUCUACUCCCAUCUGCUCAGAGAGGGCCAGUUGGCGGUGGGAACCUGCGAGAUAGUGAUGCUCAACAGAGACAGCAGCAUUCCCAGACGGACCAUUGCUAGGCAGACGGCCCGCUGCGCCUGCCGGAGAGGCCAGAUCGCCGGGACCACCAGGGCGAGGCCGGCAUGUGUAGACGCACGAAUUGUGCGGAGCCGUCAGUGGUGUGAGAUGGCUCCUUGCCUGGAGGGGGAGGUCUGCAGCCUCCUGUUCAACCGAUCUGGCUGGACCUGCACCAGGGGCAGCGGUCGCAUCAAGACUGUCACGCCUUUGCCCAAGGAGCCGUCAUAGGAUGCAGAGGAAUACAGCAAGUUCAUUGACAUCCAUGCUACAAAAGGAACUGAGGCCAAUCACUACACCAGAACAUUGUGUCCAUGUAUCAACGAGGCUCCCAAACUUCACACCAGGCUUGACCUUCAGUAAAAAAACAAAAAAAACCCCCAACCACCCAGAGCUUCUCCAAUCACCACAGUGAAAGACUCUCAGUAGACACUUGUCUGUCUGUCUCAAGUGAGCAGCAUGGUACACCAUUGGCAUAGAAUCUUCACUGCAGCUAAAUUCACGGACACAUCAUAAAACAAAAUCCCUGUGAGGAGCAGUUAUCAACAGGGCAGUGGAAUAUUCACUGAAGUACAUUACCUUUUUUUGUCUUUGUUAUCCAACAUCAGGUCUGCAGGGAACGGCUCCUUGAAGAUUUUUCGUACCUUUGUGGCUUGAUUUAGACUUGUCAGAAGGUCUUUCAAAAGUCAGCCCCUUCAUCUUCUUUACUAUCCCCGCUAUUAAGCCGUCCAGGGUUAUAUUCCAGCCAAGUUUCUUUAAUGACAGCUCGCUGCUAAAGAGUUGUGACUUUACAGAGGUUGAGCCAGGCCGUAUCAUUCAUUGGAUUCUAGCCUUUAACACCUUUCUCUCAUUUGGCUGGGUGAAACUUUACAAGGCUGUAGCCUCCAAAAUCUCUGCAUACACACAGGACGGAAAUUGUGAAAAAGUUUAUCGGCGUGUCACAGAAGAGACGACAGAGAUGAGUUGACUGUCUGUCCUCAGUGAAAGAAGGUGAUGAUGGUGAAAUGUGGACAUUUUGGACGACUUAGCUUAUAACUUAUGUUUUUUAUGUGGUGCCAACAUAGACUAGAAGAGUAGUUUUUGUCAAUGAACCUCACACAUCUUGUAUACACCACUGGGAGCAUUUAGCAGAUGUGGACCCCUGGCUCAUUUUAAUGGUCUAUACUCUUUGUGCGCGUGUGUGUGUGUGUGUGCAUGUUUGCAUCUGUCCCUGUGUGAAUAUAUGUGUGUGUGUAUGCUUGUGUGCCUGUAUGUGAGUGGGUGUGCACAUCCAGAAAUACACUGUGAAAUAAGUCAUAUCCAAUGCAUUAUUCAUACUCUUGUAUAUUUUUGGGACACACCCAGACCAGAGCUCACCAUCUGGCAAAAGAAGCCUUUGCGAUUUUACAGAUGUUGGAUCUCAUUUGAAUCUUCACGGAUGAAUCCUGGGUUUGCCUUUUCUUGUCUUUCUUGUCCUUUCUUUAGUACAUAGAGAUAUUUAUAUUGGGGGGAAUAUUAUUGAAACUGGGGACAAAUCUACACUAUGUCACAUAAGUUAAAUUCUGUAAUUAUGAUUAAUGAAUUAAUGAUGAUUAAAUGUAUUCAGAAUACUUGUCUAAAUUGAUUAUAUUUUGAUAUGAAAUGUUUCGGCCAGCUGGAAGUGCUAUUUGCUGAUUUCAGAUGCUUGAUAUAUUUGAAAUUAUGUGUGUCUAUAUAUAUAUAUAUAUAUAUACAUAUAAAUUAUGUGUAUAAAUAUAUAUAUGUCUGUGUAUAUAUUCAAUUAAUGUAUUUUAUGUUCUGUGGGUCUCAUUCCAAGAGGAGAUAAAGAAAAGAUGGAGCACAAGAGGCAUGCUUCUGAGAGAAGUACAAGAGGUGGACACAAUAACACAAACACCAGUAAGAUAUUUCAAAAACACAGAAUAAAACACAAUCCAAAUACCACAACACAACAACCUACAGUACGGUCUGCAAAAAUGAUUAAUGAUUAAUUAAUUAUAUUGUACAGGUGUUCCUGUUUAUGUGUCUACACCCUGUUUUUUCAUUUCUUUGUAGUAAAAAAUCCUGUACAUCUCCAUCUUAAUGUAUGCAUUUGAGGAUAUAAAGAGAGUGUCCGUUCCCGGGAGCUGCGGAGUGUGUAUUUGGUGUGUGUGUGUGUGUGUGUGUGUGUGUGUGAGUGUUUUCCAGGUCAACAGUGGUCUGUGUAGUGAGAAAAUACCAAUUUACACCUGAUCCCAUACCUUUGAUUUCAUGCUUCCUUUAUUUAUCGUUUCUUUGGUUUGCACUCACAAUAAAUAAAUUGUCCCUUUGAUUUGAGUCACUGUCAAUGGUGGAGCUGCUGCUGCAGCUGCACUCAGCAAGGCAGCACAGUAGGUCUGGACAGAAACAGCAAAUAUCUGGACCUCCUCCACUUGUAAAAUUGUCUAAAAAAUUUUAAGAUUUGACAGUAGGUAGGCAUUUAUACCAGCACAUAUCAUCAUACUAAGUUCUGCAAGUUCUAUCACUGAGCUGCUGAUUCUCAAGCUCUGGUGCACUGUGGUGGAGGAACUAUAUAAGGCCCCAAGCUGAGGGAGUGUCCUUAAAUUGUCAGGACUAUAAAUGUCUUUUGUGGUCCUCAAAUAUCUAUAUAUAAAUAUUUUAUGCCUCCAUUUCGCACUGUCCUUGUUUUAAAAGAGGCUUUGGUUGAAAACUACAAAACUACAGGCCAAUUAUUUCCCAAACACGACACAGCAACAGUAUCUGAGACAAACUGGAACAAUAAAAAAAUUUUCUUGUGAAGACUAAAAUGAAACUGGGUAACAUUUUCUAUGAAGCCCAUGUGUAUGAUGUUUUAUAAUGUAGACUACUGCAUAAUGCUUUAUAACAGCAGCAUUACAUUACAAACUUUGCCAGAGGCCUUCAUGUGAGCGAUUAUCCACAAUGUGGUGUGCGGUGGGGUGUGGGUACCAAAAUAUAACGCACAGUGUGGAGUGCAUUUAUAUUUCAUAACUGCACGGUGUAUCAUAAAUUUUCCCACAAACCAGCACUUAGAAUACACAGUCAGUAUUUUAUUAUUUAUUCUGGGGGACAAUAUGCUCUUUUAGUGGAAAACUUGUAUCGCCACAAUCUUGGUCAACCUUGGAAUAACCUUGGAGUAAUCGUUAUUUUACUACUCCAACAAAUAGAAGAUCGUGUGUAAUAGUGACUGAAACCAGCAGACUUCCUGCUAUAAGUAGUUAUUUAGAAAAGUGAUGAGGGUGCUACUCAUCUGUAGCAAGUUUUUUGGAGAAAAAAAAUCACUGGUAAAAUAGAGACAGUGUUCAAUCGGAACACUUUCUAUUAAUCAAUCCUAGUUAAUUGCUAAACUAGCAUAACCUUGAAUCUUUUACUCAGAGCCCAGCAGGUCAGGUGACCAUGCAAAAAAAUGUAAUAAUAAAGUUUCCAAUAAUACAUGAAUGAUGAAUCAAUUUUUACUUCAGUUUAAAUUGAUCAGCUCCAUUGAUAAACUCCAGGAAACCUUAAAGAAAUCAUUAGGAAAUAUCGGACCUGGAACAUAAAGCGUUACCAUGCUUUCUAUAACCAUUAUUGAUGGAGAGUGUUCUUAUGCUUGCCACAAUGUCUUAAUGACAUAAUAGAAAUAGGUAAUAUUUGCUUUAAGAAAGGUGAAAAUAUAAUACCGCAACAUACAGUAUCAUCAAGAAUAUUUUGUGUUCCAGUUGGCUGUAGAAUCUCUGAGACAUGUGGCUUCUGUGGCUGCUGCCAAGCCAGUAUUCCCACUCAACUCCCACUCAGAGAUGUUCUUUCAACGAGGCCCUGCUGCUACUUCCUUCCAUUUUGAAUGUCUGUCUUGCUGUCUGAGGGUUUUGAAUGUAGGCUGCUGUCAGGAUCAACAAAUGGUGUGAAGGUGGUAUCCUGCCCCCUGCCAUCUAUGGUACAGUACAGUAUGUUCGCUGGAUAUCAGAAAACGCAUACAUUACCAGAAGCAGACAAUAACCUGUCAUGAAGCUGUUAUGGUAAGCUAUAACCACAUUUUGUGUACUCUGAUUGCAGGAAGAACCAUAAUGUUCAUCAGACCUUAUAAUCUCUAAUGCAAAUAAGCUGAUUUAGCAUGAGCAGUUGUGAUACUUGACCUAAUCAUUAUGAUCAUUCUUGUAAUGCCUUAUGACCUUUGGUAGAAAACAUUAUACAUUAUAAAGGCUUAUAGAAAGUCUUAUGAUGCAUUAUACAACGUGUUAGUGUAUACAUGUAUCAGACAUUGUAGAUAUGGGCUUCAUAGAAAGUUUAAACAGAUAAUGACCUCCCUACACAGAUUAUGUUCAUGCGGACUAGUGGAGAGUAUAUGAUUACGAUCACCAAUUGAGAAUGUGUCAGUAAUUGAUGAAUAAAUGUAUGUGCAAAUGUAUUUGAGUUGAGGAUGGACAGACAUUCAGUAAAAGUUGGUGUGGGAACAGAAGAGGGGCUAAAAGUCACCAUGUCUGUGUUUAUUUCUGAGCUACACACCUUCUUAAGUUUUAUCAAGUAGCUUCAGUUUGUGUCACUGUCAAUCCCAGAUAGUAACAACCAGCAUGAAACAUAAUAACACCUGACACUCAACCUGUUCUGGUCUUGCAGGCUGUUUUUCUGUUAUUAAAAAGUUAUUGUGUCUGCACUUGUGGGAUAUCUUUCCCCUCUUCAAUAAAACCUUCAGGUGCAGGAUGGAA